UAAUUUUUAAAAUAUCAAAAGUUUGCGAAUUUGGCAAAUCUUCAAAUGAGAAAGCGAGAUCGAGGCUGGUUGGCAUUCAUUCAAAAUGGCGACCAACCACGGUAAUGUGAAAAUCAUUGCAGAUGAUUCUCAAUUUCAGCCAGAACUAAGCAACGCAGGAAGCAAGCUUGUGGUUGUGGAUUUUCAUGCUACAUGGUGUGGUCCUUGCCUUAAAAUUGGUCCAACAUUCGUGAAAUUCAGCACAAAGUAUAAUAAAGCAGUUUUCUUAAAGGUUGAUGUUGAUCAAUGUGCGGAUGUUGCUGCUAAGUAUGGGAUCACAGCAAUGCCAACCUUUUUAUUCUUUAAAAAUAAAGUUAAAAUAGAUGAAAUGCGUGGAGCAGAUGAGGCUAGUUUGGAGAAAAAGAUAAAACAGCAUAUUGGAGAUGAAGGCGGGGAAGACGAUGUUGGAGUAGCUGGCCAUGUUGAUUUGGGAAGCUUCAUUUCAAUGGCAGGAUGCGCAUGCUUGAAUGAAAGUGAUGAAAACACAUUUCAAAAUGCCUUGAAGAAAGGACCAACGUAUCUUGAAAGUGAUUGUGAUGAGGAGCUUCUUUUGACUAUCUCCUUCACACAACCAGUCAAGCUACACUCAGUGAAGAUCGCAGCUCCAGAUGAUGGCCGAGGACCGAAAACCAUCAAAAUUUUCAAGAAUCAACCAUCUGCUAUUGAUUUCGACCAAGCAAAGCGAAUGGAAGCUUUACAAACUCUUAACUUAUCCAGCGAUGAUAUCGAUGGAAACCAAAUAAUUGAACUGAGAUAUGUGAAAUUUCAAGAUGUGCAAAAUAUAAUUAUUUUUGUUCAAGAUAACCAAGGAGGCGAAGAGACAACAGUCAUCGGUAAUUUGACCAUAAUUGGAAGUCCAAGCGAAGCUACGAAAAUGAGUGAUUUCAAAAGGGUUGCUGGGAAAGCCGGGGAGAGCCAUUAAAACAAAGGAAACAAGCACAUUGUUUGAAUGGUAGAUGCCCUAAUAGAGCGAUUACAUACAAUUUUGCGCAGCCUCGUUACCACGUGCUGCCUCGUUUUAAAGAUGGAAGGCUGCUUGGUAUGUGAAAAGUCCAGAAACAAUUUUGUUCAUGAAUAUCACUUUCUGAUUAUUGAGUUGAGUUAAGAUUCUAAACAUAGUCGAUAUGUAUUCAUCAUGAAUCGCUAAGGAUGAUUUAA